AGGCGCCCAUGGUCUAUAUUCGUUUUGAGUACAGAAGCAUCAUUUAACAAUUGGCUUCGGUAGAUUUGCACAUCUUUUAUUUAUGAGAAAGAGGAGAAUGGCUGCCAUGACGUUUGAUCCGAGCUUGAGCCUUCAGUUCAACAAAGAACAAAAUCAGCAACAUAGAGUUCAUGAAGAAAUUGAAGGGCUUAUUAAGGUUUACAAAGAUGGGCACGUGGAAAGACCCCAGCUUGUGCCAAGUGUUACGUGUGCCGUGGCUCCAGAUCAGGCCCUGACCUCCACAGAUAUCGUCAUUGACAAAUGUACAAACGUUUGGGCGCGGUUUUACGUGCCCAAAUGCCGUGCCAAACUCCCUUUACUAGUAUACUUUCAUGGUGGUGGAUUUUGCGUCGGUUCAGCUUCCUGGAGUUGCUACCAUGAAUUUCUUGCAAAAUUAGCAUCAAAAGCCAAUUGUGUGAUCAUGUCAGUCAACUAUCGUCUCGCCCCAGAAAACCCUCUUCCAGCAGCAUAUGAUGAUGGCAUUAAGGCCCUUUUUUGGAUCAAACAACAAGCCUUCAGUGCAGCCAAUGAGUGGUUCACUAGCAAAUGCAACCUCUCCAGCAUCUUCCUUGCUGGUGAUAGUGCUGGUGCAAAUAUCGCCUACAACAUCGCCAUCCGCCUGGGAUCGCCCGGUGGCAAGUUGGAGGCCUUAAGCCCAUUAGGCUUUAAGGGGGCGAUCUUGAUUCAACCAUUUUUUGGAGGAGAGUCCAGAACUUACUCAGAGAAGUAUAUGGUGCAGCCGCCUAGGUCAGCGCUUACUUUGGCAGCAUCAGAUACAUAUUGGAGGCUAUCUUUGCCGGUGGGGGCGAACCGUGACCACCCAUGGUGCAAUCCACUAGCAAAAGGGGCUCCAAAAUUGGAGGAUAUAAGGCUCGUGCCAAUGGUGGUUUGUAUAUCUGAAAUGGACAUAUUGAAAGACAGAAAUUUGGAGGUUUGCAAUGCUUUAGUUAGUGCUGGUAAGAAAGUCGAGCAUGGGGUGUCUAAAGGGGUCGGGCAUGCAUUUCAGAUUCUAAACAAGUCUCAGAUCGCUAUAACUCGAACUGACGAGUUAAUCUUCCAAAUCAAGAACUUCAUCAGUAGAUAGUCAAUAAUCCGGGCUUUUAUAUAAUAUUUUCAUGUGUAAUUAGAAGCAAAGUUUAUGGUUGAAAUAUAUGUAUAAUUUCUUUUGGUGUUGCUUUGUUAUUCUCUUUCUUGGUUUUCCUUUUGGCCUUUUUCGUCGGUUUAAAAUGCUACUGAUAUUUCUAUUGCUGGUGUUAAUUUGGUGUGCAAUUGCGCACUAACUUUGACAUCCCACAUGCAACUAGUUUUCUAUCAUUGUCCUCG